AGGCUAACUGGAAUGUAGAUGUAGCUUAUCGUUCAUACAAGAGUAACCAGAUGGCUCAGAGUGGCUUUCAGAAACCUGCUAUGCAAAACCGGUACUCUCAACCUCUGAACCAGACCCAGCAAGUCCCACAACAAGGGGUCAGGUACGCAAGACCUAUCAGUGACUUUCAUCAUCAAGGCAUGUUUGGAUCAGUAAUGACAGGUACUGGGCCAGCUGUUGGAAGUAGUGUGCACCCUGCAUUUCAGUCCCCCAAGCCUGUUCCAAAGUUUCCAGUGGAAAGGGAGAGAAUCAUUCCAAUACAGAUUGAGACAAGACAACCAGUUGUUAAAGCUGGAAGAGUUACUCCCCCUCCUCAAACAGCUGGCACCUGGUUAAACCAGCAACAAAAUACCAAUACCCAGAAUAGUUUGCCUAAAUCCCAGACAUACCCAGUUCCUGGAGCGGGAGAUAUACAAGGGGGACAAACACAGCAAGCCAAGGGCAACAACUCUGUCCUUGUACAAGCUGGGUUUGCAGCACCUGAACCACAAACUAGCAAGGGAAGUAACCCUCAACUACAGCAGAAUAUCAAGGGAGGUUACUCUCAAGUUCAGACAAACAAUAAGGGAUUUAACACACCACAGCAGCAGAAUAUUAAGGGUGGUCUGUCUCAAAAUCAGAUGACUGAUAAAGUUAUUACUAGUAGCCAGCCCAAUCAGCAGACAACGAAGAAUGAAGAUGUGAAGUUGUCUCCCCCUGAACCAAAACCUGCUUUGAUAGGAAGUACUUCUCCAAAAGUGUUAAAACGAGGAAUUUCAAAGAUUUCCCAGAAUGCCAUAUUGGUAGAUGAAGAACGCAAGAAUGUUCUCCAUGACAUCACAGAAGAUUGUCAUGACCACAUGUACGUGCAGACAUUUGUUCUGCCAGAUAUCACAGGAUACGCUGAUGAAUUCCGAGAGUUUCUCGAAAGAGAUUUGAUCGAACAGUCUACUCUAGUCUCAUUAGAACAAGCAGGACGUUUGAAUUGGUGGGCUGAGCUUGGUAUAUGUCAGAGAUUGUUACCUAUGGCAACCUCAGGGAUGGAAACUGUUUAUUACAUGCAGCCUCAUUAGGUAAUUUUUAUAUUGGAAUACGCAUUUCGUUUUUUUUGAAA